GAAGUUUCCUGCGUCUCUCCGGUGUUUCUGAGGCGGCAGCAGGCGGCAGACGGCGGAGGAGCCCGGUCCAAGAAAGGUGGAGACUCCUGCUCAACUUCCUGCACAGUAAUCUUGAAGCACCGCCGAGAGAAGUCAGGAGGCGGGCGGAGCUGCUGCUGCUGCUGCUGGGAUAAGGGCGAAUGGAUCCACGGCUCAUUUGACGUCUUUAUCUCCGGCGACUCGAUACGAACUCACCUUGCGGGUGUUUGGACCCAGCUACCUGGCUAGUCGCUAGCUAGCAGCGGAGCGGCUGGACGCGCGAUUCCCAGCGUCUGAUAGCGAGGCGGUGUGAAGGGCAGGAAUGGAGGUUGUUGCGGAGUACGAGUAUGACGCGCUCCAUGAGGACGAGCUCACCCUUGGAAUAGGUGACAUCAUCAAGAAUGUGCGGUACAUAGAUGAGGACGGCUGGAUGGAGGGGGACCUCAACGGGAAAAGGGGGCUUUUCCCUGACAACUUUGUGAAGGAGUUGAAGAAGGAAUCCAAAGAGGCCAAGGAAACAAAGAGUGAGCCUAAAGAGGAGACCUCUCAGCCUCAGAGGAGAGAGAAAAGCGCAGGGAACGUGGCCAACCUGGUCCAGAGGAUGAGCACAAUCGGCAUCCCAACUGGAGGCUUCCAGCCUCAGCCACCAGCAGCGGCAAAAAAGCCGAAGAGGAGACAGUGCAAGGCGCUGUUCGACUAUCAGCCGCAGAAUGAAGACGAGCUAGAGCUGAAGAUUGGAGAAAUCGUAGACAUCAUUGAAGAGGUUGAAGAGGGCUGGUGGAACGGUAACGUAAACGGCAAGUCGGGACUGUUCCCCUCCAACUUUGUCAAAGAGCUGGACGCCAUGGGAGAGGACGGAGAGUCAGUCGACACCCCAGCAGAUGAGACUGAUGGAAGUGGAAUAGAAAGCACUGCCACCCCCACAUCGCCUCAGGCCACCUCAGGGAAUGGAGUUAUUGCUCAGCCCAAGAAGAUCCGGGGUAUCGGCUUCGGAGAUAUUUUCCGGGAAGGGUCGGUCAAACUUAGGGUCCGUCUGCCCAGCCCUGAAAAAGAGGAAAAGAAGGACAGACCAGUCCCAUCAUUACCAUCUGCUGCAAAGCCCGCCCUCCCCAACAUGACAGACUUGCAGAGAGCCGACGGAGACGGCAAAGGCAAAGCUAAAGAGUACUGCAAGGUCACAUAUGCCUUCGAGGCCACGAACGAGGAUGAGCUGAGCCUGAAAGAGGGAGAUGUCAUCCACGUCCUGAGCAAGGACACAGGGGAGCCUGGUUGGUGGCGAGGGGAGAUCGGUGGUAGAGACGGCGUCUUUCCUGACAACUUUGUGGUCAAGGUUUCUGAAACAGAGAAAGAGUCUCCCGCGUCCAAAGGGUCAUUGAAAUCAUCCCCUAAGCAGGAGCCAGAAGAGAAACCAAAGAAGCCCCCUCCACCAUCAAAAAGCAUCGCUCUCAAACCCGAGGUUCCCAGUGCCGACAAGAAACCUCAUGCCAUCAGGACAGAGGACAGAGUGGACAAACCUACGCCAGAUCACAAACCAUCCAAACCCGCAGCGCCCCUGGUCCCGCCCAAGAAGCCGAUUCCUCCCCCAGGGAAGGGCCGACAGGGAAGCAUCCCACCAAAGAGGCCUGACAAGCCUCUCACUCCCUCGCCAAACCUUAAGCACAAUGGAGAGGUGCCUUCCAUACGACCAAGGUCAGACUUUGAGCCAUUAUUGCCCACCAAGCCGAAAACGCUGUCUGGAGACUGGGGGGACAAGUCCUCGGAUAUGGAUCUGAUGAGUUUUGAUGAGCUGUCAUCUACCUCAGGGAAGCUCUCUCACCCCACUGCGAGCAGACCAAAGAUGCCUGGCAGGAGGCUGCCUGCCCAGUUCGGUGGUGGACAUUCGCCCAACAAGGACGUGAAUGUGGAAAAAUUCUUCAAGGUUGAUGAAGAGGAUGCAGCUAAACCAAAACUAGCAGAUACCAGAAAGCCUUCCACAAACACCUUAUCCCAGUCAACGUCUCUCCAAAAGCCCAUCGCGGCAAGCCCUGAGGCCAAGCCGAGCCCUGAGGCCAAGCCGAGCCCGGCAGCGCCCCCCCCGACCUCCAACAGCAUCUCUCACAGCGGCCGAGGUCGGCUUGACCCUGAGGAGCCGACCUCCGAGCUGGAUGACCUGAGGAGCCAGAUGAAGGACCUGCUGAUGUCCGUAGAGCUGCUCAAGGAUCAGCAAAUGAAAGAGAUAGCGGAGCUACGAAGAGAGCUGGAUGAGGAGAGGAUAAAACGUGUGACCCUGCAGAUGGAGAUAGAAAAGCUGAAGCGAACCGUCCACUCGACGUGAAGCUCACGCAGCAAUCACCAGCGGGCCUCGAGGCAAGCUUCUGGCCUUUGGACCAACCAGAGAGCAGGAAGUUGGUGACAGACGGAGAGAGGGCGGAGAAUCAGACCAGCCACCUCGAGCACAAUCUCUUUUCAGUGAUCGACAAUAAUAAACUCGCUCCAUAAUUGUAAGAUUUACAUUUUGCACAUAUAUAUAUUUUUUUUUUUUCAAUCUAGAUGUUAUUAAGUUCCAGAUGUAUAUUUUCCCUUCUUUUUUUAUUUCAUUUUUUUAUUUUGCCAACACAUGAAAACUGAGGCCUUACUUCAAACUACUGCGCUGGACUUGUAACUCUUCUGCUCACGCUCUCUCUCCCCUUCACUCCACCAUUCCUCGUACUCCUCAGGGAGGAGCUUAACUCUCAGUACUACUGACUUUGUAUAAAGCAGGGGGCGCUUGUUUUCCACGCCUAAGGUUCUUUCUCCUCAUUUUUUUUUAUGAUGCACAAUAGUUGAUUUUAAAACGUGAGAAAAUAAUUAAUUUCAUUUAACAACCUCGCAUUCUCACGAUAAACGAUUUUUUUCUUUCUCAUGCGUCGCCUGGCAGCAGUAGCCUCCACGGCUGCAGUGCUUCAGAGAGCGCUGUGUUCGUUUCUCUUUGUCUUUUAUAUGUUUUCUUUAGCAUUCCUAUCCAGGGUGACACUACUGUGCCUGAUUUAAAAAAAACAACAAAAAAAAGUAAAUUCUAUUAAUUGUUUAUAAUGGGAGCUUACAUUUUCCACGAUGGUGUCUGGAAUAUUUGCAGCAUGAUGAUAUUGUAUAUCUAUAUUUUUUAAGUCUACAGACAUGUCUAGUCAAAUGCUAUAUAGAGGGCCUCUUCUACGCGGGUCUCUUCUAUUUUUGUGAGGUUUGGAUUCGUUGAAAACGUUGAACUUUAGCCACACAGUCUGCAGGUGAUGCAGAUACAUACACACACACACACACACACACACAAAGGAGUUGCGUCAUUCCAUUGUUGCUGAGUGACUCAUGGUCAGUUCAUGAAAAAACGGCUCUGUGUUUUUAAUCUGGCGUUCAUCCCUCUGAUCCCUGUCACGUUUCACUCUGCCACUAACUCCUUCCUCCCUUUCUCCUUUGACUCGCAGGGAAAUUAUUUGAGAGGAGCCUUGUCUUCCUGCUCUGUAAUGUGUUUUGUAUCAGCUUGCACAGCACUCAUCAGAUGUCCUGAAGUCAUUGUACAUGCCUGUACACUAGUUCAACUGGAAGCAUAUUUUAAGAGUGUAGAAAUAACAAUGACAAAACCUCACAUUCUCCUCAUCUUAACUCUAUUAGAGGAGCAAAUGGUUAUAAGAGCUCCACUAUGUCGUUUUUUUCACUAUUUUGUUGGGCCCCCAUCGCUAGCCCCCUCCCGGAAGAUACAAAAAACGCAUAAGCCUCGGCGAACAGUGUAGAACGCAACAUGGAUCAUCAAUUACAAAACGUUACUGACCCUGUUGUCUUUGCUAACAGUUGUUGUGCAGAUUAAAUUCUGCAUAAGCAGUUUUUUUCACUUUUCUCCAUUGCUACUUCUUGUUUGUAGCCUAACUCUUUCUGCAAUAACAUGCAAAUGCUUCCUCCUAAGGCCUGUGCAUGCCCAGUGUACGUGAGUGGUCAUGUGAUCUGCCUUUUUAGGCGUGUUAGUAUGGACAGGGAUUAAAUUGAUAUGCAGCCUAAACGCUCUUGUGGACAGAUUGUUUUCGCUGAAAAACAAAUAGUCGUAUGGAUGUAUUGCCACAUUGAGCCCUUGUUCCCUGCAGAUGGAUGUGCUAUUAUCCACUAUCUCUCCACUCAUUCUUCAGGUUUCUCCUUUAAUUUGUCAUCUAUUUUGUGGGAUGCGUCGCCUAGAGGUUUGAUACAGAUAUUCAGCCGCACUGCACAGUGAUGUCACAGUGUACUCACACACCCUGGAGCAAAUUUCUACAUCAUUCCAGCAACAGCAAUGAAUUUAAAAAAUAUAAAUAUAUAUAUAAAAACAUGAUAUAUACAGUUGUGACCAACCUAUGCCCUGAGGUUAUUAUACAGUUCAAAGAGAAUAAACGUGUAAGUGCUGUCUUUGGUCGUGCUGUCAAGAAACAUAUAUUUUGUGUAUGUUAAGCUGUUUGCACGUUGUUUUUUUUUCUCUUUCAGCACAGAACGGUUGUCUUCAGGACGCUAGUUGCUAAUAAAAUUGUUCUCCUAAGCUUGCGAGCAUGGUGUUUCGAGGCUGCAGAAAUGUGGAGCGCGGUGUGAGUGGAACUUACUCAGUGUAGGAUGCAAGCUGCCCUCAGAAACAUCUGACCUUUGCCCCAAACUUUUGGCCUGCGGCUCUGUGCAGACAAUAACCAGCUUAUCUCUUGGUGUGGAGAUGCAUUUUGAGAAGCCGACAGCGGCACAGCAUCGAGUUCAGCCCCCAACGGCCUCAGCACGGGUUGGAGGGAUGUUAUAAACCUUAACGCUGAUCAAGAUAUAGACAGCAGGGUCCUGUUCCAAGUUAAAUGUCCUGUCAUUGUUUCACAUCUACUUUUGUGCAUUACUAAUACUCUUCAUUCUUAGUGCUUUUUUAUUUUAAAUUCUUACAGAUAUACGUCACAACGGUCUUAAAGAAGCGUUACUUUAAUUUGAAAUCAUCCUCAGGCUUGGGUUUAAAGUGGCCUGUGUGUGUGUGUGUUUAUAUGUGUGUGUCUGCCCACAAACGUAACAGUGUCCAUGAAGUGCUGGACUGCAGAGUGCAUUGACCAAGUUGAUAGUAUAUUUUUGCCCUUAAUGAUACAGCACCCAUGCAGUGAGUGGAUGCCUGAUGUAAAACAAACACAACUCUCCAGCAACAUGGCUGGGCGAAGACGUAAUUACAUUGCGGGGGAACGAGGGACCAUGGGGGGUUUGGGGUGAACAGCUUUUUGUGUAAUAUCUGUAAUGCAGCUUAAAUUCCACAUAUUGUACAUUCCAGAGUUUGACACCAAGAAAAUAAAUCUGUGCACAUUUAUAACAUAUUUUCAAGUGAUUUUGUUUACAAGAGCUGUAUCCUUGCAUGAGCUGAGAAUCUUUCCCAAAAAACAAUAAAUAUCGUCUUUAUUUACUGA